UAUAUAUUUUAACGAUAACUCCGCGGACUUCAUGGACUAAAUUUAAUUCUUGACCAUACAUAAAUAAAUGCCUCCUAAUCAGCGUUCAGCGAUGCGCUGGCGAUUGCACUGACUUGCCAGAAGUGCGGUACAAAGAAAUUAAAAACAAUGGAAAUGCCGAAAGUGCCCGUUCAUCCGCUGAGCAGCGAUCCAACUGCCGCGUGGAAGGACAUCAGCAAGACGCAGCGCGUCAUCAAGGUGACCAUGAAACCGCCGACGAACGCGGUGGCGGCCAACAAGGCGCGCGUAGUCUGUAUGUCUGAUACGCACUCGCUGACCCCGUACAUCAAAUUCGAUGUGCCCGACGGUGACAUCUUCAUCCACGCGGGGGACUUUACCAAAUGCGGCCAGCUGGAGGAGGUGGUGGAGUUCAACACGUGGAUCGGGACCUUGCCGCACCGGCACAAGAUCGUGAUUGCCGGCAAUCACGAGCUCAGCUUCGACCGAACGUUCACGCAUCCGUUUCAGAACAAGGCCAAGGGACACUCUAGCACCAAGCACACCGGAAUGUCCAUUCUGGACGACUUGCCGACCCUGGGCAACGCCAAGGAGAGCAUGGAGAGCGCCGUGCAGACGCAGAAUAUCCGCGAGGUGCUCACCAAUUGCACGUACUUGGAGGACGAGCUGCUGGAGUUGUGGGGCGUUCGCAUCUACGGUUCGCCCUGGCAGCCGGAGUUCUGUCGUUGGGCCUUUAAUGUGCCGCGCGGCGCAGCCUGUCUGGAGAAGUGGAACCAAGUGCCAGCGGGCGUCGAUAUACUCGUGACCCACACGCCACCCGUGGGCCAUGGUGAUCUGUGCUGCUCCGGCGUGCGGGCUGGCUGCGUGGAACUCCUCUCGUCGGUCCAGCAGCGGGUGAGGCCCAAGUACCAUGUGUUCGGUCAUGUCCACGAGGGCUAUGGCAUUACCAGCGACGGGCGGAUCAUCUAUGUGAAUGCCUCUACAUGCGACAUCAAUUAUUUACCCAACAAUCCUCCCAUUGUGUUCGAUGUGACGCUCCCACCUGGCACUAGCAAGGAUUAGU